AUGUCCUAUCCUCAGUUUGGCUACCCUUACUCCUCUGCACCCCAGUUCCUGAUGAGCACCAACUCCCUGACGACCUGCUGCGAGUCCAGCAGCCGCACGCUGGCGGAGACGGGGGCGGCCGCCUCGGCGCAGACGCCCGUGUACUGCCCGGUGUACGAGAGCCGCCUGCUCGCCACCGCCCGCCACGAGCUCAACUCCGCCGCCGCCCUGGGCGUCUACGGCGGGCCCUACGCCGGGCCCCAGGGCUAUGGAAACUACGUGACCUACGGGACAGAGGCUCCCGCCUUCUACUCCCUGAACAGUUUGGAGGCGAAGGACGGGAGCGGCUCUGCGCAUGCGGGCAUCGCCCCCGCGGCUGCCUACUACCCCUACGAUCACACCCUCAGCCAGUACCAGUACGACAGGUACGGGACGAUGGACGGCGGGACGCGGAGGAAAAACGCCACCCGAGAGACGACCAGCACGCUGAAGGCCUGGCUGCAGGAGCACCGCAAGAACCCUUACCCCACCAAGGGCGAGAAGAUCAUGCUGGCCAUCAUCACCAAGAUGACCCUCACCCAGGUCUCCACCUGGUUCGCCAACGCCCGCCGGCGGCUCAAGAAGGAGAACAAGAUGACCUGGCCUCCGCGGAACAAGUGCUCUGACGAGAAGCGGCCCUACGAGGAAGAGGAGGAGGAGGAGGAGGAGGGUUCGCAGGAAGAGGCGAUGAAGAGCGGGAAAGCCGAGGAACCCACGGGCAAGGAGGAGAAGGAGCUGGAGCUCAGCGACCUGGAGGACUUGGACGCCGCCGAGUCGGAGAGCUCGGAGUGCGAGCUGCGGCGGCCCUUCCCGCACCCGCUCCCGCACCCGCACCCGCUCCCGCUCCCGGGCGGCAGCCUCCCGCCGCGGCCCGCCGAGCUCCCCGCCAAGAUGCCGCCGCCCGCCGCCGCCGGGGAGGAGGAGGAGGAGGAGGAGGCGGCGGCAGAGCGGGCGCGGAGCUGCCUGAAGACGGCGGCGGAGGAGUGCGGCCCCGACCCGCUGGGCGCCCGGCAGCGCGGCUGCGAGUCCAAGAUGUGCUUCCAGCAGGGGCAGCAGCUGCUGGAGGCGAAGCCCAGGAUUUGGUCCCUGGCGCACACCGCCACCUCCCUCAACCAGGCCGAGUACCCCUCCUGCAUGCUGAAACGGCCCGGGGGCUCGGCCGCCGCCGCCGCUCCCGCCCCGGUCAGCGUCAUGGACAGGCACCAGGAUUCGCCGGUGACCAACCUCAGGAACUGGGUGGACGGGGUGUUUCACGACCCCCUGUUCAGGCACAGUACUUUAAACCAAGCCCUGAGCAACACAACAGUUUCCUGGGCUACCACCAAAGGAGCCAUUCUGGAAACGGGCGCCUUGGGACGCGCGGUGGGGAACGGCGCCAAUGUGCUCAAGGGGCAGCUCUCAAACCUGGCCCACCAUGACUCAAACAAAGAGUUUCUGGCGUUUCCCAAAUCAGGAAGCAAAAUGUUUUGUUCCUAA